CGCAUGCGCGAGUAAAGUAUACGUCAGCCCUUCUUCCUGCCGAGUAGCCCAAACGCGACGUGUCCCUCAUUCCUCUGACUGUCUUGUCGUCCCAUCGACCUCAGAAACAGCUCGACCGCCAUGGACCAGGUGAUGCAGUUCGUUGAGCCCAGCCGGCAGUUCGUCAAAGACUCCAUAAGACUCGUGAAGAGAUGCACUAAACCCGACAGGAAAGAAUUCCAGAAGAUUGCCAUGGCCACAGCAAUCGGGUUUGCCAUCAUGGGUUUCAUUGGUUUCUUUGUCAAGCUCAUUCACAUCCCCAUCAACAACAUCAUCGUUGGUGGUUAGGUCCUGGUCCAGAAGAAAAACAAACGUCAACACCCGGUGGCAGGAGACAGUGGUGCAAAGUGUGAUGGGGAUGGAAGGGAUGGCAUUUUUACAUUUUGGGCACAACAUUUAUAUUUCGAUGUGUAAAUAAAACAGAUGAAAACAGA